AUGGAUCUCUUCUACCUAAAACACACAGCUCUCUAUCAAACAUAUGUGGAUAAACUUGAUCCAAGCAAGACCCCUGUACACUUCUCAAAUCUGCCUCAGGUUGCGGAGAAGCCCUCAAACAGUGCCAAUCCGAGUAUGACCAUCAGCGUUCGAGUUCGCCCUAUGCUGGAAGACGACAUAACCGCUGGCUUUCCUUGCGCCGUUUACCCGCGUCCUCGCAAACCAGGCGUCGAACACGAGACCAUCGAUCUCCAUGAUCUUUACAAUCACCCAAGGAGACCUCGUCCCAUCCUCAAGUCUUCGGCGCAUCAGGUUCAGAAACUCUUUGAUGCUAGCGCGAGCACAGCACAGGUGUAUGAUGAGGUUGUGCAUGACCUGGUGCUCUCUGCUUCAGAUGGCAAGCUCGGAACAUUGUUUGCAUAUGGACAGACCAGUUCUGGCAAGACCUUCACAGUCACCGAGCUGCAGAAGCUUGCCAUCACCGAGCUGCUAGAACGUCAUACCGAUCUGUACGUCACUAUCGUCGAGCUAGCUGGAAAAGUAGCCUUCGACCUGCUCCACGAAAGAGAGCAAAUCGCCGUCCGAGAAGAUGCCUCUGGAACCACUCAACUCGUUGGAGCCAUCGAACGAAAAGUCACCAACAAAGAAGAAGGUAUUGAGCUAUUGGAAAACGCCAUGUCUUUCCGUCGCUCUGCACCCACCCUCAAGAACGACGCUUCAUCACGCUCCCACUGCAUCUGUCGCAUCCGCAUUCCACAACCCACCUCCUCCGAAUCAGGUCAUCUAUACAUGGUCGACCUUGCCGGCUCAGAAAUCGCCCGCGAUGUAUCACAACACGGUCCUGAGCUGAUGCGCGAGACAAAAGAAAACAACAUCAGUCUCUCAAUCCUCAAGGAUUGUAUCCGUCAAAGAGCAUUGGCGGCUUCAAGCAAAAAGAAGGUGCAUAUACCCGUUCGUGGGAGCACAUUGACGAAGAUCUUGAAGCAUGUCUUUGAUCUAGAGGCCAGUCAGGAAUACAAGACUGUGGUUAUUGCUUGCUUGAAUCCUAGUCUUGCUGAUGUGUCAUCGUCGAAGAAUACGCUGAGGUAUGCCGAAUUGUUGGGCAAGAUAGAUUGA